CGUUUUAGUUUGAAUAAUUCAACUGACAAAAUAAUAUUACACAGUAAAUUUGAAUUUACAAAGGUUCCUUUUAAAGAGGACAAAACUAUUAAAAUUGAUUUUAAAAAUCAUAUUAAAUUUAUUAAUAAAAUAAUAAAUCAUUAAAAAUUAAACAAACAAGUUUGUGAAGAUGUCUGUUAUUGCUGUUCUACCAUCAGGACCAUUGAGUUCAUACCCAAGUGUUAAGGACAAGUCAAUUGUUAAAAAUGAACAAAAAGAGUUAAACAUUACUCCAGUCCAUAAACUGGACAUUCCAUUCGAGACAGCAACAUUUGGUAUGGGUUGCUUUUGGGGAGCCGAAUCAUUAUAUGGCGGAACCAAGGGUAUUAUUCGAACAACUGUCGGUUAUUCAGGUGGUACCCUUCAAGCACCAAAGUAUAGAGUCUUAGGUGAUCAUACUGAGUGCUUGGAAAUUGACUACGAUCCCACAGUUAUAACCUAUAAACAAUUGUUGCAUCUUUUCUGGAAUAAUCAUGAGUAUGGACUAUGUACACCAAUCAAGAGGCAAUACAUGUCAUUGAUCUUGUAUCACAACGAAGAGCAAAAAGAAAUUGCUGAGGCAUCAAAGAUCGCUGAGCAGAAGAUACGUACACAUGAGAAAAUUUAUACUGAAAUUUCUCCUGCUAAAGAGUUUUGGCCAGCUGAAGAUUAUCAUCAAAAAUAUCGCCUUCAAGGACAUAAGGAUCUCUGUCAAUCUCUUGGUUUAACAACAUCCGAGCUAUUACAAACAUCAUUUGUUGGCACAAAGCUUAACGGUUACAUUGCUGGAGCUGGUGGAGUUAAAUUGUUCCUAGAAGAAGCCGAUAAAAUGGGUCUGACUCCCUCGCAAAGCGAAUAUAUUCGUCAUUAUGUUGAAGAGAACGAAGGACGAGGAUUGUAUUGCUGACGGAAUGGUAGACAGAGAGUGUGUGAUAAUGUUAGAUAUAAAAAGUAUACAAGUGAAUAGAAAUUAAGAUUUAUAUGGAAUGUUGAAUUGAAGGUAGCUUUUUCUAUAUAUUAAUAUAAUUUUAUUGAAAUUGGAUUUUGUAUAAUGAAAGUGAUGAUUAUCCUUCAAAAAUGAUGAUAAUAAGAUAAUAAUAAGAAAAAUCAACCUAUUUUUUUAGUUUUUAAGUUUUUAAAUAGAGAAAUAUAGAAUAAAAAAAUAUUUUAUGAAUUUAACAA